AUGAUCCAAUACACAUCAUGUGCAGACCCCUCGGAGAGUGCAGCACGUAAGGAACGGCUCAGACAAGCUGAACAGAAUGGCCAAUUUGAAGAAUCAGUGGCUCAGAUGGCGCGAGCCUCUUUGGCAAAUCUACCUGCGCGAAACCGAGAAGACGACCAACCAAAUAGCCCUGAGAGAGUUCCUGCGCUGCUCCGUUUAGGACAGCCUCCCUCCCCCCCUCUCCAAAUGGAAAACGAACGUAUACCAAGUCCAACGAGGACACCAGCUCUCCUUCGAAUAGGACAGCCCAGCGGGUCUCCGCAAGUAACAGCUCCACCUAUGGUCCAAGAUACUGGUCGGCGAAAGCCAGGAAGACCACCAGGAUCAAAGAGAGUCUCCAGCAGCCCCAAGACCCUAACAGGAGCAAGCUCACGUAAACGGAAACUAAAACAGACUAAGGCUCCGCCCUGUCGACGCAAACUCCUGACACAGCCAGACCGUUCUGAGCAGGGAGCCGGGCCCUCUCGACCCCGCAAAGGGAAAUCCCAGGAGCAAGACAAACAAAAAUCAGCUUCCUCCAACUCUGAUAAUCAGCCACUGCGCAACAUGAUACCGACGGUCCCAAAGAGGAAGAAGGCGGAUUUUUGGAAUCCGUCAACUCCCGUUCCUUAA